UCUCCAUCAUCCCCAAACCCAGGUGAACACGGACUUGGUGCGUCAUUCUUGCCAAGCCAAAGCGGAGAUGGAUUUGGAGACAGAAAUCCAUUUGGCGAUGGAGUUAAAGAUGGGGCCACGACCAUAUUCUUGUCCCAAAAGGAUUUCAGAGCCUGCAAUUGAGAUUUCUGCACACAAAUUGGUGACUCUGGGCUUUGAAUUUUGUCUUCUGGUGUUGAAAUUUAACCGCGGUGAGUUCGAACAAGGCAAUAGUGCAGCUUUUACUUUGGGUUGCCAGCGAAUUGAAAGCAAGGCUCUUGGCUUUGACUCCAGGUGCUAUAAGGAAGCCAUACAUAGACUAUUGCUGACAUCGAGAGUACAAAACAAGUACAAGAGCUGUGGUGUCAUAAAUUUCAGAGUUCCAGACUUUUGAUUUCAACGGUAUAAAAGGCGAAGACAGCAACUGCAGUCAAGACUCCAUAGUUUCAAUUUGAGGGUGAGUCUGACUAUUUAGACUUUGUUUAUUUUUAUUUUUUGUGUGUUAUUUGAGUUGGUGCUCUUGGGAAGAAAGCAUGGAAUUUGGGACAGGCUAUAUGGUAUGGUGGUUUGAAAAAGAGACUAGGGAGGAAGGGAAAUUGCUCGUAUUGGUGUUUCAAAAGGCAGGUCUUUUUAAUUUGAG